GGCGCGUGCCGUGGUGCUCGCAUCCUGGGUUGCAGCGCGUUACCCCGCUGAUUUAUGCUUUAUAUCGUUAACUAGUUACGAAAAAUCUCCGGCGACAUAAAAUAAGCGCAGCACGGCGUGACAAAGCUCGGCGUUCGCGACGUUUUUUCGUUACAUUUUUUACGCGGGCUACUUUUCCGACGCGUGUGAGUAACCGCGCCACGUUUCAAAAGUUACCUGAGGUGAACCUGACCCUUGCGAAAUUAUUCUAAAUUCCUAAAAUCUGACUGAAAGCGCUAAGUAGUACUUUUGGCGAUGUUUCGGGUAGGGGGAGUCGUAUCUCAUAGAUAAAUCUGUGAGUAAUAGGUAUUGCUGAAACACUGAAUCACCGACAGCUGGAGACUCAGCGCUUUUGAUGCCAACGAAGCGGACUCAAGUCGUCGGCUGUAUAAGUGGGAUGAUGCAACUGGCGCGACGCUAUCGCGCUGUCCGGAAAAUGUGCUGUUUAUGUAAACUCUGUUAGUAUAGAUGGCGUUAGUUGCCUAAGUAUGCCCAUCGCUGGGUACGGAGCAGCGUGUUUGUGAUUCAUAAAGUUUUUUUUUUUUACCUUUAUGCGUUACCGUGCUGUUAAACAUGAUUUCCAGAGAACACAAUUAUCAGAUGUCCAAGUCAACUCUGAAUAUACCCGUGGGAUUACUUAUCCAAUCGCCAAAAAAGCGCCUUGUGAAGUUAGGAAGAAAUGCAAGCAAUGGAUCCGUACAGUCCAAGCUGUCCAGUGCCACCACCAGGUCGGCUGAGAGUGCACUGCAUAGGGAGUCCAGCAAGAACAAGGCCCCCUGGCACAGCCGCGGGCUCGCGGCCAUCUUCAGCAGAGGAGCGCACCUGGACGGGGCUGGUGGCGACAGUGCCGUGCUGUCAGACAGCCUGAGCGAGAUGUCCAGUCCGGAUUCCAGCCCCAGCAUCCUAAAGAUCUUCGGCAGUGCCGUUUCCCAGGGGGCCCACUACAAAAGUGUGCUGGCCACCAUACACUCCACCGCCAAGGAGAUCAUUCAGGAGGCCUUGGAAAGGUACGAUCUGGAGGAGGAUGCCGACGCGUACGUGCUGUGUGAGCUGGUCGGCUGUGACGGCGAGGACCUCCAGUGGCGGAGCGAGUGUUCGCGGGUCGUAGGGGCUCAGGAGAGACCCCUGCUGCUGCAGGCGAUGUGGAGGCCCGCAGAGGGCUUUUCCCGCCGCUUUGAGAUCCAGAGACGAGCCACUGUGGAGCAGAGCGUCCACAUGGGCAAACAGGCUGCCACCUUAGGCUCAGGAAGGCUGCCAAAGACCGGCCCACGUGUAACCUCCAUGCUGAUGGAACUCGGGGGCAGGAGCCCCGAAUUGUGGAGGAGCCUCAGUGAGCUGGAGUUGCCCCCGACAUCGCAGGACCCCCCCCACGCCUACGAAGCACGGGGCCUGUCUGGGGAGAGAGAAGAGACUGAGAGCAGCGGGCAUUCUGGCACCCAGCUUUUCAGCAGCCAGCAAGCUUCCUGCAAACUUCCCCAAACACCCUGUUUCUUGUUGCUGCAGGGAUACAGCCCCAGACAGGACUGCGUCAUCUACCUGCUAGACGGGACGACCACAGCCUUCGGCCGCAGCGAGGGGGAGGAGGUGUUCGGUGCCCACCUCCAGCUGCACGCCCCCGACAUCCUGCCCCUGCACUGCCGUGUGCUCCGCCAGGAGGCCCAGCCUGAUGGCCAAAGGGCGGCGCUGCUGUUGGAGCCGCUCCACGGCGCCCCCGUCUCCCUCAAUGGCACCACCCUGACGCAGCAGGUCCAGCUCUGUCCCUGGGAUCUCGUAGGCUUGGGGAAUCACUACAUGUUCCUGUAUAAGGACCCUACUGCUGGCCCCGCCCACAAAAGCCCCCCUUGGCUUACCUCUGGACACCAGAGGGCUGCAGUCUGCCCCACUUGUGGCUGCAGCCUCCCCCGCCCCAGCUGGGGGUUCUCACUAAGGCUGAAAGAUCCAACGUGCCGAGAUCUCUCCCUAUCCUACGAGCUGGAGCACAAGGACCGGAUCCUCGAGGAAAUCUUCGCUGUGCUGGAUCCCCGCGGCGAUGACCCCAAGCUGACCCCAGCCUUCCUGCUAUGCCUCUACAUCCAGCACUCGGCCGUGAACUUCCGGGCUUCCGAAUUCCGCCGACUGCUGCUCCACAUCGCUGGCCACGUUCAGACCGCCGUGGGGGACGUGACGCAGGAGCUCGCCUCGGUCCAGCCUGAAACGCCCUCUGGUGGGGGACAGGGUGACUUGGGGGAGUCACAGUCCGUGCCGAUACCUGACAUCCGCCCGCUGGUGCUGUGGAUGGCCAACAGCCUGGAACUGCUCCACUUCAUUCAGCAGGAGGUUCCGCGUCUGCUCCCCUGGGCUGAGGAGGAGGAGGAGGAGGAGGACGCUGAGCAGGAUGAUUCAGGAAGCCCAGGGUCGCCCUGGCAGCAGGCCAUCACAGUCCUGGACGAGGUGGUGAUGUUUACAUUCCAGCAGUCUGUGUACCACCUCACCAAGAGCCUGUAUAGCACCUUGUCUGGCCUGCUGGACAGCAGCCCCUUCACCGAACGCGGUCAGCUGCAGACGCCCAAGGCCGUCCUGGACACGGUGGCGGUGUUCAGAGACGCCAUGCGGCUGUUCAGCUCCUGCGGCGUGCACCGGGACGUCGUCACCCAGCUCUUCGCUUACCUCUUCUUCUUCACCAAUGCCUCCGUCUUCAAUACACUCAUGGAGAGGGGAGCCACAGGAGGGUUCUACCAGUGGUCCAGGGGUGUCCAAAUCCGGGCCAACCUAGACCUGCUGAUGGACUGGAUCCAGGGCGCGGGGCUGGCCGACGUGGCGGACGGAUUCUUCCAGAAGCUCUCGUCGGCAGUGAACCUGCUGGCCACACCCAGGGAGACGCUGCUGCAGGCUUCCUGGAGCUCCCUGCGGAGCGACUUUGAGCCGCUGAGCCCAGCACAGCUCCAUCACAUGCUGCAGCAGUACCGCUCGGGCCGAGCCUGCCCCACUGCGUGGAGCCCAGCGCCUCAGGACGCCGUCGCCGCGUGGUCAGGAGCCGACGUGCUGGAGAGCUUUGAGGGGCAUCCCCCGCUCGUGCUGCCCAGGAGGGACUUCCAGCUGCGGCUCGGCAAGCCGGUCCCGGAUCCUGGCCUGGUGGCGCGGCUACAAAGCCUGCAGGACUUCGUCUUCUCGCUCGCUCGGCCCUCCGCGCACCCGGGGCAGUGUCCCCCGAUGCAGAAGCCGUGUUCAGAAGCUUCCCCCCCUAUGAAGAACUCGACAGGCACUGUCCCGUACGACGGAGCUGCGGUUUUGUCCCAGCGUUCGGCGGCACCGCGAAGCCCCAGUGUCAGCGACCUGAGCUCCUGCCAGACUGUCCUGACUCAGAAGCUGAGGAGCUUAGAACUGCAGUGCAGCCUGCGCGAGCAGCCGGACCUCAGCUGUCACAAAGGCCUAGCCCUGGACCCCUCCUGCCUGCUCACCCCUCCCAACACCCCCCAGGGCCACGAGCUGGCUGAGCCCGAGGCCAACCUGCAAGGUGGCGCUCUGGAGAGAGAGGCGGCUGACCAGCAGAGACAACGUAAGAACCAAUCACCAUGCUGCAAGAAUAAGGAGGACUGUGAAAUGGAUGAGGAAGUGUUCAGCGUGGAGCUGCAGAUGGGAUCCCAGGGGCUCGGACUGGCCCUGGUGGAUGGGAUGUCGACGCCGAUGAAGAUGAGCGGAAUUUACAUUCGCUCUGUGGUUCCGGAUUCACCUGCCGGCCAGUGCUGCAGACUGGGCCCUGGAGACCGUAUCCUGGCCGUAAAUGGACAGAGCCUGGUGGGAAUGGAGUACCACAGUGGCAAGGAGCUCAUGCAGACAUCAGGAGACAAGCUCAGUUUGCUGGUGGCCAAAUGUGUAUGGAAGGUUUAGCUUGUAUGGGAGCUAACUGGACAAUCUGGGCCAUGAAGUACACUUUAAAGCUCAGGGACCUUUGCGUGAGCUGCAGGUAUUGAGUUUUCUUACUGGAGUUUUUCCACAUAGGAAAAAACAUAUUUUUGGGAUAUUUAAAUAAGUUUACUUUUUUUUACUUAUUGAGGAAAAGUUACUUCAACAUAUUUUUAUUCGCUGAAAAGCUUUAUUACAUUUCUCAUUUGAAUUGCAGGCUGAAAACAGUGUAAAAUCAUGACGUUUCUGGGCUGGAUUCUGGCUGGAGUGUAAACAUUUAGAAUAUGUACAUAGCAAUUGAACGUUAAUGUACGGGAAUGUCAUGCAUUACAAUGCCAUGGCGGUAACAUAUGCACUAUGUUAAAAUUGGCGACCUGUUAGGUGUACUGGGUGCACUGGGAUUCUGGCCAAGCUGCUGGACACACUGGUGCUGCCUGACUUUGUUUCAACUCUGUUCAGAUCCUUAUUGGCUGAAAGACACAGCCAAGUACUCCUGGGUCCUGAGGUCCAAAUGCAUGAAUAUAUAUUUACUAUGUAAACAAAGGUAAAGACUUUUUACUUUUUUCAGAAGGCCAGUGCAUAUGGGAUGCAAGACUUUGUUACAGUUUAUAAUUAUAAUUAUUUAAUCCUUAGUUAAUUUUGUUGUACUAUUUUAUUUGAAAAUACCGUUUCUGUUACACAUUAAAUAA